CUUCCAGUAGACUUGUCUACUACAAUGUGUUUUCCAAGUCACAUAUAGCCUGUAUCAUCAAACAACAAGUGGCAAAGAGUAGCACAGGAGUUAUUUGGAACACGCUGUGCUCACAAACGACCCGAUUUUGUAUACCCGCAUCAGAUCUGGUCACAGAAGGCGCUGACAAGCUUGCAUAAGUUAGCAGGAGCCUUGUAGGGCCCCCAGGGCUUUCCUGAGCCAAAAUGUAUAACGGUAUUGGCUUGGUGACGCCCCGUGGCUCGGGAACCAGUGGAUAUGUUCAGGGCAAUAAGUUCAACAUGCGUGGGCCACCGCAAGUGCGCACAGACGCGCCUAAAGAUGGCGGCCCGCGAGUGAAGCAGCCGAACCAGGAAAUCCUUGACCAUAAGAAGAAGCGUGAUAUUGAGCUGAAGGUGGAGCAGGAGCGUGAGCGCCUGGAGGCUGAGGGGGUGCACAGCGAGGAGGAAAUCGAGGAGCUGCUAGGCCUCUUCCGGCAGCAGGAGCUGGCGAAGCUCACCGCAGAAGCAAACACCGUCAAGAAGCUGGACGAGGAGACGCACGCCGUGGCGCAGCGCAAGCUGGAGCAGAUGAGCAAGCUGAAGGCGGCGUUGGGGCUGAAGGAGGACGUGCGGGAGGGCGACGCCUUCAACCGAGAGCUGCAGGAGAAGAUCAAGCAGGACCGCAUCGCGGAGCGCGAGAAGCGGGAGCGGGACCGCGAGGCGGACAUCAAGAGGCGCGAGAAGGAGGCGCGCCGGCGCGAGAAGGAGUGGGCCAAGGAGCAGAAGCGGCGCGAGAAGGAGCGCAAGCAGCGCGAGAAGGAGCGGCGCGAGGAGGAGGAACGGCGCCGCAACGCCUCGCCAGAGGCCCGCCUCUACCGCAAGCACGAGGCGGCGCCAGACCGCUACGACCCCGCCGCGGACCGAGAGGCGGAGCAGCGGCAGCGGGAGCGCGCUCGGGCAGGCCGGGACGACCGCGACAGCGGGCGCGGGGACGCCGCCGAGCGUGGCCGCUCCAAGGACGCCAAGGGGCCCAAGGACGGCAAGGGGAAGGAGAAGGGAGGGAAGGAGAAGGAGGAGAAGCGCCGCCGCCGCCGGCGCUCGCCGUCGUCCUCCAGCAGCAGCGGCAGCAGCAGCGGCUCGGACUCGGAUUCAGAAUCCGGCUCGUCGGGCUCCAGUUCCGGAUCCGGGUCCGACUCUGACAGCGGCACCAGCAGCGGCAGCGGCACGUCGUCCUCCUCCUCAGACUCGGAGGACCGCGGCGGCGACCGGCGGCAGGCCCGCAGCGACCCCAGCGGGGACCGGGGCGCGAAGCGCGGCCCCGCCGACCGAGGCCUUCCGCCCCCGCCGGAGCCCGAGCCCAAGCGCGCGCGCAACGGCGACGGCCCGCCGCCGCCGCGCGACCUGCCGCUGCCCCCGCCGCCAGCGGCUGCGGGCCGGCCGCCUGCCGGCGACGACCGCCGCCGCGACGCCGGAGAGCGGGACCGGCUGGCGGAGCGGGCGCCGGAGGGCCGCCGCCGUCACGACAGCGACGAUGAGCGGGAGCAGGCGCGGAACGUGCGGGCGCGGCGGGAGGAGGAGGAGGAGCGGGGGCGGGGGCGUGAGGAGCCCGGGCCCGCCCGGCGCGAUGCACGGGAUGCCGGUGGUGAUAGGGACGGCGGCCGGCGGCCGCCGCCGCCGCCGUCGCGGGAGGUGGAUCGUGAGCCAGAGCGCCGGGAACGCGAGCGGGAGCCGGAGCCGGACCGGCGGGAGCGGCGCGAUCUGCCGCCGCCGCCGGCCGCGCCGUCCGGUCGUGAGCGCGAUGCCCGCGAUGUCCGUGACGCCCGCGGGGACGGCCACCGUGCUGACUUUGAGCGGCCGCGGGGCCGGGAGCAGCCUGACCGCGAGCGUGAGCGUGAGCGCGGCCGUGAGGACGGCGCUGGGCGUGAGGACCGGGGCGGUGACGGCCGGGGCGGCGAUCGUGUCGGCCACCGCGGCAAUGGGCGUGAGGAGGAGCGGCCAGCCCGGGGUGGGGACAGGGGCGGAGACAGGGGCGGGGACCGGGAGCGGCGUGGUGGUGAGGAGCCGCCGGCGCGUGGCGGCCCCUGGCGUGGGGAGGAGGAGCGCCGCCGCGGCGGGGACCGGGAGCGGGAGCCGGAGCGGGCGAGGGAGCCGGAGCUGGGGCAAGGUCGCGAGCGGGAGCGGGAGCGGGCUGGUGAUGGAGGCGACCGCGGCGCGCCCGCCCGGGGCCGGGAUGAGCGGGAGCGGGACGCCGGCCGGCGGCGCCGCAGCCCCAGCCCCUCGUCCAGCAGCAGCUCCGGCAGUAGCAGCGGGAGUGGCAGCAGCAGCAGCGGGAGCGGCAGUAGCAGCAGCAGCGGCGACAGCUCGGACAGCGCUAGCAGCGGACGGCGGUAGGUUUGGUGUUGAACGUUUCAUGGAGGUUGAUGUCACAUCAACAGUGAGCUAGUUGUCGUGUGGAUGGUCGGUGCGCUCACGCUAUGUCUGCUAGUAUAUUGCGGGUGAGGGUUGCAGAUGCGCAGUGCACCGGGGCAAGUGCGGCGGUGUGUGAUGUGGAUUUGUGCGCGUUGGAACUUGGAAGGCGGUGGCAGGACUGACAGUGAGCCGCCGCGCGUGUAGACCUGCGGCAGUAUCGGUGGCAGUGUCGGUAGCGUCGGCAGGCGGACUCUGACGUAUGGGUGGCUGUAAGCUGCCCUUGUUGCUGCUGACGGGGGCGUGUGGCUUACUGAUGGCAUGCUCGGGCCGGCAGUCGGUGUCAAAGAUAGCUGUUAAGAGCACAGGAAGACCGGACGGGGCGUGCAUGCAUGCAAGAGCUUCUGGCUGCAAAUGUCGUGAGAUGUAAGGCACGCCGCCUUGUGGCUAGCCAUGUUAAUCACUGGUGGCUCUACGCCCCACCGCCUUCACGCUUUCUCACGCAAACUUGACCAGCCUGCACAAGCCCGCCCUGUACAGCCAACGUGGAUGCCCAAAUCGCAGCAGAAGUCGCUGCAGUGCUGUUAUGGCUUAAGAGUUGUCGAUUAAAGCCCAGUGGCUACGGUGUUCCGGUUGCAGAACUGGAAGGGCCGAAGGGGUAUUGGUUGAGGCCUUGAGGGUGCGAUGGGACAGGGUAAGGGGCACGUUGGCGCAGUCGCCUAGUGUGCAGCGUACUCCCAGAACCCAACAAUCAAUUUGCACACGAGGUCAAGGCAAGAUCGAAUGGGGUGUUCGUUGCGGGGGCGCCUUAGCCACUCCGGAACUUGUGCGGCUCUGACCCUGGCUGUCACACUCUACGGUAAUGCCUGCAUUUGAGGCAGCCUGACCAAGCCACCGAGGCUGAGGCCCGACGGAGCCUCCGGACGCUGUGUCUUCGCCUGUAAGAAGCCUGACAC